AAUGAGUAAGCAACGAAUCGAGACCAACAACAUUUCAGACUUCUUGGGUACCAGCAUUGAAAGCACUCACCAAACAAGCAAACACAAACACACAUAUCUUGAUAGCACUGCAAUCACAAACAAGCUGCAUCCUGACACCACUCUGACUUCAAGUGCCAUCGGAGAUGCAACGAGUUCGCGUGAAAACAAUAUUUCUUGAUCCAUGUUACAAGAACUCCACCAAACUCAGCUAGCAGAUCUCGGGAUGUCAACAGACUCAGUCGAUAUCAUUGUACCACUUCAAAGAGAAUACGAUCAGCCUGACUACAAACUUCUGGAUCAACAUGAUGAUGAUACUGAUGAACUUGAGAGCGACCAAGUGGUAGCCAACCCAAAAUAAAAUUGAAAACUGGCUCUCUUUAACACUCAAAGGUGCCAUCAAAAAGGGUCUUCUAAAAGAAACACCCUGCAGUGCCUCACACAAAACUCUAUCUUCAGAACAAGCCAAUAAACCCACCAAGAAAGUUGAUGUUCUCAAGAAGUUUGGAAUCGACAGAGCCACCUUGAACAGCAAUGGAAUCGAUGACGCUAGCGCCACCAGAGUCUACAGAGCAUUGUAUGUGUACAGUCUCGGGUUCCACCAACUCAUUCAGGAAGCCUUGCAAAGAGGCACAAACAGGAACUUGCUGCUCGCAACCAUUUGGAAGGUCUACUCGGUGUUGCUCCAAUAUGUUGGCAAAACCGAGUAUGCAACCAUGGUGUCCAACUUGGCCAAUGCUUACCAGAUGGAUGUAAUCAGUUUGGAACAACAGAUGAGCAAACAGAAAGACCAUUACACUCAACACAAACAACAAAUGACAACUGAAAUUCACAGACUCAACGGAGAGCUGUAUGACACUCAACAAAAGCUACAAAACAGCACUGAAAUGGUAGGAACUCUGACUGACGAGAAUGCCAGACUCCAGUCAGCAAUUGACGCUGAGAAACAGCUGAGAACCCACUUUGAAAGCAGGUUCGCCAACAUCGAAGGCAAACUCAACCAGAAAGCAACGGAUUGCAAGAUCGCAGAGGAAGAACUACAAAAAGUAAUGGAUGAAGUGAAAGAACUUAAAGAGUCUUUGACAGCCAAAGAAGAUACUAUAGCAAGUUUGAGAAAAGAUAAAUGUACUAACGAAAGACUUUACCAUACAAAAGAAUCUGAAUGAGCUGGACUCAAAGAGAUUCUGCUGAGUAAAAGAGCUGUCAUUACUCAACGUGAUAACAGAGUUAAAGAACUUGUGAGAGAUAUUGCUGAGCUCAAAAGGAGUAUUAAUGAUAAUGAGAAAGAAAUCAGCGAUCAAAAGAUCAAGAAUAGCGUGAUUCAGUCGAAAAUUAUGGACGGGAAGAAUGAAGUCCAAGAGCUACAAUCAAAUUUCGACAAAAUCAAGCGCAUCAAUGCCGUUCUUGAAGACAAGAUUGCAAACAUGAAUGAAAAAUACGAUGAAAUAAAUCAAAAAUACUCAGAAAUUGAUGCUAAAUGUAUCUCAUUAACUGAGGUAGAGAAAUACUUAAGGAAAGAUAACCAAGACUAUCGUACCAAGAACCAAGAGUUAGAAAAAUCCCUUGAGUUUCAGAAAGAGAAGAGUGAUGGAUUAGAGAUCAAGAUCAAGAUAGCUGUUGAAAAAUAUGACUUGAUCAAAAAGGAUUAUGAUUCUACCAUAAAGUCCCUUGAAGAAAUUAACAGGCAAAGGAACAAGUUAGAGGACAAAGUUAUGAUCGGUGAGAAACGUGCAAAGGAAGCCACUCAAGAAAUAGAGCAAUACAAGAAGAAUCUUUAUAAUCUAAAAGCCCACUCAGAGGGGCUGCAGUUAAAACUCAGAGAUCUCGAGGAAGAGUUCCAGACGGUCUGCAGAAGAGAGACUGCUAAUGCUGAAAUGUCAGAAAUCCAGAUAGCUUCACUAGAGAACAAGUAUCUCGGGAUGUUCAAAAAGUAUGAGGAGGAGCAGAAAUAAAAAGAAUGAGUGGAUUCGUACAUACAGAAGAAGACAUAAAGAGCAUCUUGAAAAUGAAGUCAAGCUUAAAAAGGCGGAAGGGGAGUUCCAAGAACAAAUCACUAAAAAUGUUGAGCUUCAGAGUGACAAUGAAGCAAUGAAAUCUGAAAUCUACGACUGGGAGAAGAAAUAUGAGCUUCUGAAAAAUGAGAAGAUUGAUUUGCUUACUAAAAUGGAUAGGAAAAAGAAUGAAAUGGAUUCCUUAAAGCUUACUCAUGAAAACCUUGAGAAGCACAACAGCGAGUACAUUAAGAGACUGAGGGACAUAAACAGAGAGCUUCUCAAAAAGUCAGGAGAGAUCGAGAAUAUAAAGCAAAUGGAAGUUGAGGACUUGACAACCCAAUGUCUUAACUAUGAAUUAAAAGUGACUAAAUACAAGAAAAAUUUCCUAGAGGCCAAGAAUCAGGUGUAUCAAGCCUCAUGUGAUGUGAAACAGGCAGAAUCUAAACUCAGCCUCACUUUAGAGAAAUUUGAAGUGAUGAAAACAGAGAAUAUUGAUCUAAAAUCACGCUUGGAAAGCAUCCAAACAGAGAAUACUGUGAACAAGACUAAGAUCAUUAAGAUGGCUACCUUUGAAGAGAAAGUCAAACUUCUUACAAAUCUUGGUGAACAGUAUAAAGAAACUAUUAAUAGCUUGAAACAAGAAAAUAAAGAGCUAGAGCAGGAAAUUGGAAAAGUGAAAGGAGAAUUAAAGAAAAUUGAGGACAAUAGACCUCCAUCUUUUGGGCUGAAGAAAGUAAUGGUUGAAAAGAAAGUUCAAACUGAUCAUAAAAUAACAAGUGAAAUAAAACAUUCUUUAAAGUUUGGCAAGAAGUCUUCAGUAGUAUCAAUUUUGAGCUACAAUAAAUCAUGCAAGGAUCUAACGGAAAUUUCUAAGAUAAAAACAGCCAGGAACAGUAUGAUUAACAGAUCAAUGUCAAAUCAGACUUUGUUGCCUCAUCUUUAUCAAAGAGAACUUCCUCAAGAAGAGACGAAGACAUUAGAGAAAACUUCUAUACCAAAGCCUAGUGACCAAUCAAGAACGCAGAGGGAUGUAUCUCAGAGUAUAAUUAAUCUCCCUGAGGCUAAUAUUACUCCAAAUUUCCAAGGUUGGAAAGUUGAGCAUACUCACGGCAAGAAAUCUCGUAAUUUCAAAGGUCCAAUCAAGGCUAAAGUUAGCCACUCGAUGAGGAACAUGUUAAGGCAUGCGUACAGUAAAAGUCCCACUCACAGGUACUCUUAAGCCUUCAUUCCCCUCAAAAAAUA